AUGUCUAGUAAUGUAUCUAAUUUUUCUGAAGAAAUUGCAGAGCAAGCAGCUUGUUAUGGAUUACCUUACGGAAUUUUCGGUGUAAUUUGUUGGUUCUUAUCACUUUGUAGCAUUUCUUUAACAAAAGUAAGAUUCCCACUAUUUUCACCAUGGUUGUGGUUUGAAUAUUAUAAAGCUCAAAAUCCAAUCAUGGCAAUCAUCGUAACUGUCAUGACUAUAGGACCAACUAUUUAUACAUGCAUUCAUUGUCAUGGAGAAUGGAUGAUUGUACUUAUUGCACUCGGUCAACUUACUCCAUGGAGUCUUAAAUUUUUAUAUGAUGCAUGGUAUGAAGAAAUAGAACCUGAAGAAAUAAAUCCAGUAGCAAUAGAUCCCGAAAAUUUAGAAAAUAAGAGACCAAGAAUAAUAGUUGAUAUAUAUGAACUUAUUGGUUCUUACUUGGGACUAUUGUUAUCUGCUUCUGGUUGGGUUGGAUUGACUGUAAUAACUGUUAAUUUAUUGGACUUAGAAAGAGUUAUAGGUAAAUGGAUAUUUGCAAUAUAUGGUGGUCCCCUUUUAAUAUUAAUGAUAAUUUAUUGUUGCGUAAAUUGUAAAGGCAAAAUUUGUUUUUAUCUUCUCUUGAGCAUUCAUAUAAUUGGUUCGCAUAUAAUUCUUGCUAUAGUUUCUAAUAACUUAAUUGGAAUUCCUGCUGGGAUUGAAAUGAUUUCUGCAAUUGUUUUUUUUAUUGUACCUUGUGAACGUUGUACGCUACGUAAUCUUGAGUGCACUUUUAUUGAUUCGGGCAAAAAGCGUGGGCCGAAGACGAAUGGCAACCUCCUAGAACAAGUCUAUGUUUUUAACGGUCCUGAAAAUGACUUUAAUGGAUCAUCUACGCUAUCCUCCGUGUUCCUUAACUCCAUACAGGGUCACGCAUUAACUCUAUCAUCUUCACCUGGAUAUCCCGAUAAUAUUGAUGAGGUUACUCUUUAUUCUAAUUAUUAUGAAUACCCAAAUAUUCAUUCUCUUUAA